CCAGUCUCCGGGCGUCCCCCCACCCCCACCGGCGACCCAAAGCCGCGCGCGGACGGGGCCAUGUGUCGCGCGCGGCUCCGCCUCCCGCCGGUCCUCUGAGGCGGCGGCCGGGGGGAACACAGAGACAGCCAGGCGCCUAUCCGGCAGUGUGGUGCCUAUAGCGGGUGCAGCGGACUGCGCUGUGGCCAGGCCUCUUUUUCUCUGGUCCAGACCACCCGGAUGGGGCUCUCCGGGCCCCGCCCCGUCUGGCCUAGCCCGGCCUGCCAGAGUCGCGCAAGCUCUGAAGGCAGGCUAGCGGGAUGACCCCAGCCCCACGUCCUGCCACCCGUCUGCGAAGGAUCCGGGGAUGGGCAAGCGCCACCCGGCCCGCUCUGGAGUCAGCAUUGGGUCUCAGUGAGGCCGGGUGACGCUCCAGAAUGGGAGACAAGCCAAUUUGGGAGCAGAUUGGAUCCAGCUUCAUUCAACAUUACUACCAGUUAUUUGAUAAUGACAGAACCCAACUAGGCGCAAUCUAUAUUGACGCAUCAUGCCUUACGUGGGAAGGACAGCAGUUCCAGGGGAAAGCUGCCAUUGUGGAGAAGUUGUCUAGCCUUCCGUUCCAGAAAAUCCAGCACAGCAUCACAGCGCAGGACCAUCAGCCCACACCAGAUAGCUGCAUCAUCAGCAUGGUUGUGGGCCAGCUCAAGGCUGAUGAAGACCCUAUCAUGGGGUUCCACCAGAUGUUCCUAUUAAAGAACAUCAACGAUGCUUGGGUUUGCACCAAUGACAUGUUCAGGCUUGCCCUGCACAACUUCGGCUGACCUCCUCCCAGCCAGGCACUCAUGCUGUUUCCUCCUCCCUCCUCUUCCCAAUACUAUUCACACUCCUCCAGAUGCUCCAAAUAUCAUACACAAACGAGCAGGGCCGCGGUGGGAGUGGGCGCAGUGCGCUGCUGCUACUGGGGUGUUGUGCAUGAUGUUUGGACGCUAGACUAGUUGCAUCUGACGGGAGAAGUUUGUGUUGUACCAGCGCAUGCCUUGGAAAGACUUAAGUAAUGCGAAAGGUUGUCUCUCUCUCUUUUUUUUUUUUUUUUUUUUUUUAAUCUACUGACAAGUUGCUCUAGUAACCCAAAGAAGUGAAGGAGAAAGCAGCUGCCUCACCGCCCAGAUAUUGAUUUGUUCAGAUGUUUCAAUGCCUCAUGAUACAAUAAAACCACAAAAAUUUUCUUAACAGUUUAAAUCGUUUUAAUGAGUUUAAUAGUUGGCUGGGCAUCAAUAACUACCCUGCCCCAUUGUCUCUCUCAUGUCUCAUCUUCCCACCUCUCCUCCCAACUCAGCAGUAUGUGUUACAGGGAGAAACUGCUGAAGCAGCACUCCCAGCUAGCUUCUCUCAGAAGCCUUGUAGGGCAUAGUAUGCCCCACCUCAGCCCACCUGGUCCUGGAAAACUGAGCUGCAGACAGAGCUCAGGUCUGGCCUUGCUUCCCUUGCAGUGAAGCCUUUGCAGUCAGUUCUGACAACUCCUACAUUAGGUAGGGACAGGGCUCUGGUAAUGGAGAUGAGCUAGAAUCUCACUGAAAAUGACUCAUCAGGCUCAGGUGCUCUGGACUGAGGGCUUAAGAAAACUACCCUGUAUAAAAUGAGCAAAUGUUUGAGGGAGAAGGUCCUCUUCUACUUCUAGAACAGUUAGGAUCACAUCGAGGGUGCCCCCAAAAAACCCCAACCCAAGCAGAGGGCAGCUCUGAUUUUGCACCACUUCCUUUGGAUAUCCUUGCCCAGAAGUGAGUGCCCAGAACAGUCAGCCUCCAUUUGCCUGUGGAGCAUAGAGCCAGGCCCAGUUGGGCUGGAGUACAGAUAAAGAGCUAUGAAAGUAGGCAGUCUGAGACUGAGGGAUUUGUGCUUUGGGACUUCUUACCCCUCAGACCUUUGCAAGACAUCUCUAGGCCUCCCAUUCCCCCCCUCACCACACACAUAACCUUCACAUUGUCUUCAAGUCCCAGGAAAUCUUACCAGGGCAGUUUCUGCUACUCAGUUUAGGGGACAGAGGCCUUGCCCAUUACAAAUCUAGCCCUUUAGCCCUGAGACCUCUGGUGUUACAAAGUCUGGUGGCAAGACCACAACCAAAAGCUAGAACCAAACCCAGGUCUUGGGCUGGUGCCCUACUAGGGGUUUUAAGAUUGGAGAGGGCUCCACAGUUAUGCCUGACCUUCUGCACUCCCCCUUACCCCCCCUGCACUAUGGAUGGAGGCCAAGGACUUUCUCAGACCCCCACAGGUUGCCUGACUACCCUGGGCACAGAGUUGGAUGAUGAACUGUUUUUAGAAGACCACAAACUCAGGAGAUUUCAGUGGGACUGAUUUAGGAUGCUAUGUGUUUGGGGAAUGGGGGUCGGGAGAGAGGUAAAUGCCUGAUGCCUCUUAAACCACCCUGUAUAAAAUCUGCAAUACAGCUUCUUCCAUGUACCUGUGCCUGAAAUUUCUGCAAUAAAGAGGUGUUUGUAAA